AUAAUACUUCAAUCUUUAGACCUUUGCUUAAUAUAUCUGAACAAAUUUUGUGAAACUCGAAACAUUAUACCACACACCAAAAACAUUUAUACAAACCACUGGGCAGCAUUGUCCGGACGCACAUGAUGAUAAAUUAUCUUGUCUUUGGUAUUACCUGUCUAAUCAGCGUAACGGCGUUUUUGUUCGUGGCGGAGGCAGCAAGUCUGCGAAAUGUUCGUCCACGUCUAACCCUGUCAAUGGCAUCGCAGUCCAGGAGUGCCAUGCAAUCGAUGCGGGAGUUUGCCCUGUAUAUGGGUCCCAAAGGGUUGGCUACUCCCGAGGAGUUGGCUCGACAGCGUGCAAUGGAUUUUCCCUUCGUAUCCGCAGGACAACGCCAACUGUUGGCGGAGGAUGAAGAUUUGCCCUAUGACCUGCGCAGUCAAUUGCCAGAGUUCCAAGCGAAACAACAAAAUGCUGGCCUUCGUCGUGUCAUCAAGUGCAGAAGAAAGGCUGAUGGAUCAGUGGAGAGGGAUGGGAAUAGUGAUGCUGACGGCUUUGGCAGUGAUCCCUCAGACUUUGAGGGUUGUCAUGCCUCAGAUGACGAUUUAUCGGAGACUUCAGGUGCGGCAUAUUGCGAUUUGAUUGCGAUUCGAUAUUUAUUUUCAAUCAUAUCGCUUGUCCCACUAGUCCCACUGCUAUUUUAACUAUUAUAAAUUCUGUUGAA